CAACAACACCCACUGUACGCAGCGAGACGCCAGCAGCACAAAAUCGCAAUAAAACAAAAGUAUUAAAUCACGCCUAAAGUUAGAGUCGGGUCGACCAUGUCCAGUGCCGCGAGUCCCAGUCCUAGUCGAGUGCGUUCCUGAUCCUGCCAUGCUUCGCGCGACUUCUGGACCCGCCGCCCGGGCACUGCGCACUUCCCCCAGAAUCGGAUUCAGCCAGCGUUAAUUGUGCAGCAGCAGCGCGAGUGACUGAGUGUGCCAGUACCAAAAAGGCAGAAAAGCGAAAAGCAAAAUCCAAAUCGCGAGAGGAUGAUGAGAACGCCAGUGCGUGGAUAUAUGGAUAUAGAUAUAGAUAUAGUGCCAGGGAAAGUGCGACGAGCAGCAACACAAGUCGGGAGUGAACAAAGGCGUAAAAACACGUACAGUGCAUAGAGAUAGAGGCGUUAUCCUGCCAGAGGCGUUCGCAGCUAUUCGCCGUCCCGCUCCCUCUCCCAUUUGUGCUCCCGUGCCACGGCCUUGGGCCUGAGCUGGUGUGCGUGCGAACCGCGUGUGUGUGAGUGCGAGUGCGUGUGAGUGAGGGAUACGUGUAUAUCAGGACUUCGUGAUAUCAGGACAUCCUGAGCAAAAUGCCGCCAUCCCUGAUUGCCGUGUCCGAGUUCGUGGAGGAGACGCGCUCCGACUACAGCUCGCCCACCACCUCCACCUUCGCCUCCCGGAUGCCCGACUGCCGCCACACGAUUGGCGUUCUCGAAGAGCGAUUGGAGUUUGAUCGGGAGGGUCUAACGAAGCUUAAAAAGGCGGUCAAGGCCAUCCACAACUCGGGAAACACCCAUGUGGACAAUGAGAUGUUUAUGGUGCGGGCUUUGGAGCGGCUGGGCGGCAAGGUCAUCGAACAGGAUGAACCGGACAUUGGGGCCGCCUUCCUUAAGUUCAGCGUUGUCACCAAGGAGCUCAGUGCGCUGAUGAAGACCCUGAUGCAAAACAUCAACAACAUUGUGAUGUUUCCGGUGGACUCAAUGCUGAAGAGCGAGCUGCGGGGCGUCAAGGGCGACAUGAAGCGGCCCUUCGACAAGGCGGCCAAGGACUACGAGGCAAAGUUCAUCAAGAUCGAGAAGGAGAAGAAAGCGCAGGCCAAGGAAGCGGGCAUGGUGCGCACCGAGAUUGACGCAGCCGUGGUGGCCGAGGAAAUGGAGAAGGAGCGUCGUCUCUACCAGCUGCAGACCUGCGAGUAUCUGCUGAAGUAUAAGGACAUCAAGACCAAGACGGGAAUUGAGCUGUUGCAGCACCUUAUUGAGUAUUAUCACGCGCUGAGCAACUACUUCAAAGACGGACUGCAGACGAUCGAGCACUUCGGAACUUACAUCGGCGAUCUCAGCGAAAAACUACACGAAAUUAAGCAGAAGCAGGACGAGGAUCGUCGCAGCUUGCUGGACCUGCGAACAGUUCUGCGCAGCACCCCAGAUUUCGAGCGGGUGGACAAUGUACCGUCGUCGGAGAGCCGGAGUGGGGGAGCUGGUUACUCCCUCCACCAGUUGCAGGGCGACAAGCAUCACGGCGUCACCCGGCAGGGCCAUCUGCUCAAGAAGAGCGAGGGAAAGGUGCGGCGCGUGUGGCAGAAGCGACGUUGCCGGGUUACCAGCGAUGGCUUUCUCGACAUAUUCCACGCGGACGAGUCCAAGCCGCCAACGCGCGUCAAUCUGCUCACCUGCCAGAUCAAGCCGGUGCCGGAUGACAAGCGAGGAUUUGAUCUAAUUAGCUACAAUCGUCCGUAUCACUUUCAGGCGGAGGAUGAAGGCGACCAGAAGGCCUGGAUGGCCGUGCUGGUGAACUGCAAAGAGAAGGCGCUGACCAAGGCCUUCCAGCACGCCAAUCCGCAGAUGAGUCCCAGUCUGGUGGAGCUGCAGAAGACUGUGAUCCGCUACGUGCAGCUACUGCCAGGAAACGAUCGGUGCUGCGACUGCGGAUCGCGGAACGAUGUGACCUGGAUAAGCCUUAAUUUUGGAAUCCUGGUGUGCAUCCAGUGCUCUGGUGUGCAUCGCGACCUGGGCGUGCACCACUCGCGCAUACAGAGCCUUACGCUGGACAACCUGACCACGGCCAACCUGCUAAUUGCUCGUGCCAUGGGCAACAGCACGCUGAACGACAUAAUGGAGGCGAAACUAGGAAGGGGCAAGCUGCAGCACGAAAGCAGCAUGGAGGAACGCUACGACUUUAUCCGCGCCAAGUAUGUGGCCAAGCGCUAUGUGAUGCGCACUUGCUCGGAUGACAACGACUUGCGGUGCGACCUAGAGCAGGCAGUGGUCAAUGCGGACAUGAGUCAGCUGCUCCAGGUGUGGGCGGAAGGAGCGGAUCUCACUUGCUGUCUGCCUAGCUCGGAUGCUGGCGAAACGGCCCUCCAUCUGGCCGUGCUCCGCGAGAUGGGAUCCACCCUGCACAUAGUCGACUUUCUCAUCCAAAAUAUGCCGCCCAAGGGUCUCAACAAGGCCACCAAUCCAGCCGGCAUCCUGGACGUGACGGGAAAGAACACGGCGUUGCAUCUGUGUGCUCUACAUGAUCGCAGGGAGUGUAUGAAGCUACUGCUCCGUUCCGGAGCAGACUACGAGCUCAAAAACUCUCAAAACAAGACAGCGCUGGAUAUUGCCAAAGAGAUGGGACACAAUAGCUGCAGAGAGCUUAUUGAAUGUGCCAUUAAGCGGGAGAAGAGCGCCUUCGACCACAUCAACACUGAUUGGAAUCUGCCCAACGAGGAUGGAUCCACGGACUUCAGUGACGAUGAGACGGUCAUCGAUGAGCGCAAAUCCCGUUCGCGUCCCCCCAGUUUUGCUGGCGGGGACUCGCCCAUUCUGCGCUCACGUUCCUCAACUUGCGACUCCAUACAGUCCAGUUCUAGUCCAAUCGCCAACUGUCCGAGCCGCCAGUUCACUCUGCCCUCCGGUCUGCCCAGCUAUACACAUUCUGCGGGCACUUCGCCCAAGCAGCACAUCAGCGUCGGGCAGUAUCUGGGGAGUGCUUCCAAUGUGGGAGGCGGUGGGGCUGGUAACGGCGGCUCCAGUCCCAGUUCCGCCUCCAGCCAGAGCGUCCGCGCGGCGAGAAACAGCCUGAACAUGCAAAGCGAUCUCGGGGGCCAUGUGGCAGGAGCACGAAAGUCCACGUCCACGGCCAACAUGAACUCGCUGAAGAAGCGUACGGCUCCGGCACCGCCGCCCGGAACACUGGGCAGCGCAUCGUCCAGCUCCUUCUAUGGCACACUGCCUCAUCCGCCGCGGCACUCGCAAAACUUCGAUGCCAACGAUAUUCGGGCCAUUAAUCACAAGAACCAGUCGCUGGAUGUGGCGUACGGCACGUUGCCGCACCUCCGAAGCGUGGAGAGCAGCCCUCGGGGCGGAGGAGGAUACGGGUAUGGAGUAUCCCAGGAUCCGGGAGGAUCGGGCAACGGAAGCAACAACAGUCUCAUGCCCGCCAUGACUACCUUUGGCCAUAAGCGUUCGCCCAGCGGUGAAUCGCUGAACAGAAACAUCCAUUUAGCAGGCGCCAAGCUGGUCCUUCCGCCCACCGGGGAGUUGCCGACGCUGAAGCAUGUAGACAAAUCGGCGCUGACACGGCCAAAGAUUCCUCCACCAGGGCCUCCACCAGAGCGUGAGAUUUCAAACGGCCAGUCGAACGAGAGCAUCAGUUCAAUGGACGAGGGUCCAGUGGCGCCUCCUCGCAAGCGCAAGCAACAUAUCAUCGCACUGAGAUGCCAGUCCAGCGAGGAGACGUUGAUUAAUCAGUCGGCCAAUUUCACUGACUAUGAGUCCUGGCACACUGACAUGGACAGCUCUGGCGGCGGCCUGGAUCAUUCCGCAGAGUCAAAUGUGUCCUCGAGCGACAACGAUCGACUUAACUCAUCGCCAGACAAUCCAUCAAAAACCGGCGGACCAGGACCAGGCGGGAAGUUCCACUAUAACGGUCAGAGGCGGUGUCGGGCUCUCUAUGACUGCGUUGCGGAUAAUGAUGAUGAGCUGGAGUUCAAGGAGGGCGAGAUCCUGAUCGUGCUAAACGAGCGCACCGACGACGAGAACUGGAUGGAGGGCAUCAUCGAGGGACAGCCGGCCAGGAAGGGCAUGUUCCCCGUCAGCUUCGUUCAUAUGCUGCCUGAUUAAGCAAUCCAUUGUUUGUGCUAAGUGUGUGGCUGCGCGUGAUUGUAUAUAGAUAUAUAUAUAGAUGUGUGUGUAUGCGUCUUUUAAACUCUAAUGAUACAUAAGACAAGUUUUUAUUUAUUACAAGCAUUUUAUCACAAAGCGUGCGCCUAUUUAUUUGCCUAAGACUAAACAUGUAAACGUCUCAAGUGAGCGACCCUUAGCUUAGAAGCCAACUACUCAUUUACACCUAUAUUUCAAUCAGAGCCUUUAAGUAGAGAUCUUGCUGUGCAUUUCCGAAGGCUUCCACCCCAAAGUUUGCGCUUUGAUAACUGAUAACUGUCCUGCAAAUGCUGUAAUUCGUAGCGUACUCAAAUCUAACUUUAUCUUUGCCUCAAAAGCUGUGCGCAAAAGUUACUCAAUGUCAGAAGAAUUGUCAGGAGAUGAAACACUGUAUUGUAUGCUUAUACUUUAUGCUGCCAUAAACAGAUACUAACUAUACCCACCCGACCUGGUCGGGAUCUUGGCUUACACUCGUACUCAAGUAUUCUAAAUCUGUUGUUGAUGGUUUGACGAAGAGUUUAUAAAACAACGUUGAAAAAAAAAA